GAAAAUCUCACUACAGUUCGGCAGCGCAGUCGAGCAUGUCGUUUCGCAUCCUCUUCUUGGUGGCACUGCUGUCGACGGAGGGCUCCCUCUUCCAAUACAAACACCACAACAACGAGGAGCUGCUGGAGGUGCUGCAGGACGUGAAUUCCAAAUGCCCCAACAUCAGCAGGAUUUACACGCUGAGCGAGAAUUCGGUGCUGGGCAUUCCUCUCUACGUUAUCGAAUUCUCGCUUAAGCCAGGACAUCAUGAAAUUUUGAAGCCGGAAUUCAAGUACAUCGCGAACAUGCACGGCAACGAAGUUUUAGGGCGAGAAUUAAUGCUAAAACUGGCGGAUUACUUGUGCGAGCAGUACAGAAAGGGCGAUCCCAAAAUUAGGGCGCUCAUUCAAUCUACGAGGAUCCACCUCAUGCCUAGCAUGAAUCCGGACGGCUGGCAAUUGGCCACGGAUACGGGAGGCAAAGAUUUCCUGAUCGGUCGCACCAACAACAAUUCGAUUGAUUUAAAUCGCAAUUUCCCGAAUUUGGAUAGGAUCGCGUUUACCAAUGAGGACGAGCACAUUGAUCACAAUAAUCAUCUGUUGGAACAACUCACGCAACUUAACGAGCCACUUCAGCCUGAAACAAAGGCGGUAAUCAGAUUCAUCAUGCAAAUUCCGUUCGUGCUCUCAGCUAAUUUACAUGGGGGUGAUUUAGUAGCCAAUUAUCCUUACGAUGACAGCAAAUCCGGAAGGCAACGCGGGGAAUAUACCGCAACUCCGGACGAUGAAACAUUUAGGCAUUUGGCAUUGGCAUACUCCACUCACCACGCGGAUAUGGCGAACGUGAACAGAAAGGGAUGUGGCGAUUUCGAAAGCAAUUCGUUUCCGAAGCAAGGGGGAAUCACCAACGGCGCCAAGUGGUACAGUUUACAAGGAGGCAUGCAAGAUUUUAAUUAUCUCUCGAGCAACGAUUUCGAAAUUACGUUGGAAUUGGGUUGCGAUAAAUAUCCUCCGGCCAGGGACUUGGAAAAUGAGUGGAAGAGAAAUAAGGAGGCUCUUUUGAAUUACAUGUGGCAGACACACAUCGGGAUUAAAGGAGUAGUCUAUGAUGUCCAAUCGAAGAGGGGCAUUCCGAAUGCGGUUAUUCACGUCAAAAAUCUCACAAGUGCGAAUUCAUACGACAUUAACCACGACGUUACAUCGGUUCAUGAUGGCGAUUACUACAGACUUUUGACUCCCGGAAAUUACAAAGUUACUGCAUACAGAGACGGUUAUUUACCUCACACGAAGUUAGUGACGGUUACUAAUAAACCUCACAGCCCAGCUCAAAGGGUAGAUUUUCCCUUAAAAUCCAUAAGCAUUCCUCCGUACAUGAGAUUCCAAACGGACAACUAUAUCAAUUCUAAAAUAGAAGAAGAUUUCGACAAUUGGGCCGAAGAUGCCGGACCGGUUCAAGAACCAAUUGCCGUGCAAUAAAUGAAAAUGUAACGGUGAUUCCAAUAUUCAGUGUCAAAAUUUUCGAUCACAAACUAGUUUAUUUUACGCACACAUUCAUACAAUAUAGUAGAAAACCAGUAACCCCAUGAUUUUUAGCUCAUUAAGUCGUUGUUUAGAAGAAUUUCUACGAAAUAUAGAUCAUAAGAUUUCGAGUUGGAAUUUAUAGGAAAGGGAGACAAUUUUAUAGGAGCAAUGUAUGAUUUUUAAAUUUAUAAUCUAUUAUUUAAUUAAACUAUUAUUUGAAUUUAU